AUGAAGCGCGGCAGUCCCCGGUUGCUGCCCUCGGGGGACCGCCGGCGGACCAUUGCCCUCUUCUUUGCCGUGCAGCUGGUGGUUGGUAUCGUUCUGCUCACCAGCCGCAGCCUGUUCGCCGACUCGCCUUCCAGCUCCCAGGUCCUUGCUCAGUCCCGGGAGGCCGCCCCCUUCUCCUUGGGCCCCAACUGCACAGUGGACCUGGCCCAUGCCGACGCUGCCUUCAUCAAGGGUCGGGUGGAGGCCAUGGUGCGCUCCCUUGCGGACACCAACCCCUGGAUGGGCACCAUGAUGGAGAGCGCCGAGGAAGGCCAGCUGACCAGGGGCGAGGUGAGGGCCAUCGUGGGGCGGGAGGUCCCCCUCCCCGUGGAUGCGCGGUACGGCGUGCAAUCAAGCGAGUCGGUGCCGGGGGUGCAGGACGUGCACGCUGAGCUGGCGGCGCUCAUGGCUGCCAGCCUGGCGGGUAUGACCCCCGUGGAGGGCACCGCGGUGCGCCGCCAGCACCGCACCACGACCGCAGAGAUGGGCGUGGCGGCGCGCGAUGCGCUCAACGAUACCAGCAGCGUCCCCGCGCGCAUCGCCUUCCUGAACGCGCUGGCGGAGGAGGCGGCGCCGUACGCGACCACGCGCGUGGCGGUGGUCACCACCAGCGGCGUGGAUCUGCGUGGCGUGCGGCGUGAGGUACUGCCCUGGCUGCAGUACCACACCGAGAUGGGCGUGUCCAGGUUCUACAUCGUCUACAAUGGGCACGACGCGGCGGCGGUGCAGGCGCUGGAGACCAUCCGCCAUGUGCGCCUCAUCCACGUGCACGAGCCCUGGGCAAAGGGCGUGGACAGCGCCCUGGUAGAGCUCUACUCCGGCCUGUCCAGGCAGUGGAAGGGGCGACCGGGGAACUAUGCACUCAUGGUCACCCAGGGCUUUGGCGAGCACGAGGGCCUGCGCCGCGCCAAGGAGGACGGCAUGCAGUGGCUGUUGCAUCUGGACCCCGACGAGCUCGUCCAGCCCGGUGACGCCUCGGGCAGCCUGGCGGAGGUGCUGGGGCGGGUCCCGCCCCACGUCGCCUCCUUGCGCUUCAUGAACUUCGAGGGCCAGUCCGAGGCCGGGGAUGUGGUCAACCGGUACGAGCAGGUGACGCUGUUUCGGGUGCACAAGCACUUCAUCACCCCCGAGGCGCACUGGUACCGCUCCCGCUUCAAGCUGGGCGCCUCCACCUCCUUCCUCCUCCUCUACGCCAACGGCAAGGCUGCGGUGCGCGUGGACGCGCCCGGGGUGCGCCACCUGGGGCCCCACUUCUGGACGGGGGAUCCCUCGCCGCGCUGGCAGUCGGCUGACAACCCGGGGGGGGAGUUCACCAACCUCGUUUCCGACGACAGCGUCAUCCUGCACUACCCCUACUCAUAUGUCUCCGACGUCGUGGACAAGGCACACCGCUCCUGCCCGGACAGCUACCUGGAAGCUGCGCGGGCGGGGGACCGCGCCAAGGUCCGCGAGUGCUUCGUCAUCGAGGCCGACCAGGACGCCUACAUGGCGGCGGCGGCGGGGCCCACAGCCGUCACCGACUUCUUCUACUCGCGCUUUGUCCUGAGCGAGGGGGUCAGCGUCCGCUGCACCGACCCGGAGACCAAGUUGAAAGGCUGGUGCGAGCUCAAGGACGUGGAGCGGCUCAAGCACCUGCUGCAGAAGAUCGGGCUGUUCCGCAGAAUCAGCGGGCCCUCCAUCCUGCUGCGUCAGCACGAGCGGGCCAUACAGGCGCUGAUGCAUGCCGGCUCUGCGCUGCGCUGA